UGGCAUUACAUGCAUGGUAGGAGUUAAUUUUACUGAAUUUUAUUUAUUGACGUGAAAAAUGGGUAAAGAGAAUGAAUCGGAUAGUGUAAAAAAAAGAAGAAAAUCUGUGAAUGCAAAUAGUGGAACCUCAAUGAAAGACGGAGAUAUGUAUAAGAUAAUAAUUAAUUACGAAGAGAAAGAAGCCGUUGAGAGAUUGUCCGAGGAUGAUUCCGAAUGUUUUCUGGCAACUUGCAACGAUAUUCGAGCAGCAAUGAAUAAAAUAGCAAAAUUAAAGUCCAGUGGUGACUCAAACGUAAAAGAUGAUAUUCGUGAGCUGCAAAUUCAAACAUCGCUAGCUUUUAUAGAACUCAAGAAACUAAAUCGUAUGGAAAAGUUUCGUACAAAAUCUGCACGAGACUCUCUAGUGGCUGCAAAGAGUAGCGUUGAUAGUAGACACUUGCAUUUACAGAAUCUAUUGUACGAAGUGAUGCAUUUGAAGAAAGAAGUUAUCAAAUGUCUUCAAUUUAAAUCUAAAGAUGAACUAAUUGAGCUUGUUUCAGAAGAAGAAUUUUAUAAAGAAGCUCCAGAAAAUAUUUCACGAUCUGAAAUAACGAAAAAUAAUUCUCAUCAACUGAGACUAGCUCGUUUAGAAUGGGAACUGACGCAACGAAAGCAAUUGGCGGCAUUGUGCGAUGAAUUGACAGAGAGUAAAAAGGCAGUUGCGUCUAAUAUUGAAACAAAACUGACUCGUUUGGACAAUCUUGUACCGCAAUUGCGUUCUAUAUUGGAAGCAAGCAAACCGUUACAAGAAAGUCUUGGAUUGCCAUUGGAUAAAAUUCGCCAGGAGCAUCAAAAAGCAUCGUUGCUUGCAUCACCGCUUUACGUGUUGUAUGCGAAAGCAUCUGCUUAUAGAGAUGCUUAUGAUAAUACAUUGCAAGUUACGGUGGAAGGUGACGAGGACGAAGCAAAACGCGCAAACAAUCAUGACGGUUUGCAAGAGUCUGAUUCGGAUCCUGAGAAUCAGUUGGAAAGUAUCGUGGAAGAAACACCCGUGCACAAGAAAAGACAUCACAGGUUAUCCCGGGAAGCGAGGCAAGAAGAAAAGCGGUCUAGACUAUUACAGCGACAUCCGUUACAUGUAAAAAUACUUAUCACAUUAAAAAAUGAGACGAGGCUGACUCUUCACUUUUUUUACAUGAUAUAUUUAAAAGUCGUUACGGUAGAGUCAAAACUUGAAACGGAAGACUCAGGAGGUAUUAGUGCUGGAGACAUGCUAGUAUCCGAGUCGAUUCUUCGCGAAUUGUAUCCACGGGAUUUAGGGUUGGAGAGUCCGAAUCCUGCCAAUCAGUAUCAGCUGUUGCGGCAUAAUUUGGGAUCGUUUUCAUCUUUGGGACUAGGCAUUCCGUACAGAUGGGCACAAAGAAUGGCUGGUCUACAUUUUGUCUCGUGUGACAUGAACGAACAACAAAAGCUGACGAAUCAAGAAUUGCCACAAGACUGUGUGGAGAGUGUGUUAAAAGAAAUUAAACGGCGCGUAAAAGCGAGGCUGGAUCUAUGUAUAGAAAUACGACAACUAGAGUCCGGCAAUCUGCCAAUAUUUAUCAGCACGACAGAUCCCGUGCCGCAAAAGAUCUCAACGUCGUUGCAUCGAUUCACGACUAUGACCUGGAAAAAUUACUCAAAUUAUGUUGCUUCACCGGAAUUUUAUCAACGGGGAUUAGUGUUGUCCGUAGACAUCUUUUAUGAAGCUGUACUUCGUCGUGGCAGUAGCGAGCUCGUGGCCAGGAUUGCUAUCAAGCCAGAUUAUCCAAAGAUAGCACCAGUAUUUAGCAUAAGUAUAAGUCCGACAGUGUCAGUGUCUGCCGAUAUUAUUAGAGAUAUUGAAAGGGAAGUCAAUGUGAUGUGGACCAAGUCCCCAACAUUGACCGCGCAAAUACAACGACUGAGAGCAUGUUUCGACAUCUAUCUAGAAACUGAGAGUAUGGCACCGAAGGAAAAAAUAUUCUUCUAUCCUGUAAGAGGGCGGACUCGCGCUCGGCCAUAUAAAUAUUUAUCAUUGGGCGGAGGUAUAUUCACUCAUCGUUAAA